CAUUACCCGGCGUUCCAUCACCCUUUAGCCAUGGUGGUGUUCAGUGUUUAUGUGGUGAAUAAAGCGGGGGGCUUGAUAUAUCAGUAUGACAAUUAUUCGCCUCGCACUGAUGUGGAGAAGACCUUUAGCUACCCGCUGGACAUGGUGCUAAAGGUGUAUGACGAGCGGGUGGUGGUGUCUUUUGGUCAGAGGGAUGGCAUUAAAGUCGGAUAUGCUGUUCUUUCAGUCAAUGGGAUGGAUGUAAAUGGAAGAUACAUGGCUGACAACAGGGAUGUACUGGAGUAUUUAAACACCUCUUUUAAUUAUCCUUUGGCAAUUCGGUUUGGACGGCCUCGUUUGACAUCCAAUGAGAAAUUAAUGUUGGCCUCCAUGUUUCACUCGUUAUUUGCAAUUGGUUCCCAGUUGUCACCAGAGCCGGGAAGUUCUGGAAUUGAAGUGCUAGAAACGGACACCUUCAAACUGCACUGUUUUCAAACCUUAACAGGAAUUAAGUUCAUUGUGUUGGCUGACCCUCGACAAGCUGGAAUUGAUUCCUUGCUACGGAAGAUAUAUGAAAUUUAUUCAGACUAUGCUCUUAAAAACCCAUUCUACUCUCUUGAGAUGCCAAUCAGGUGUGAUCUCUUUGAACAGAAUUUGAAAGUGGCUUUGGAAGUAGCAGAAAAGGCUGGAACAUUUGGUGCAACAUCUUGACCCCCAUCUAUGUGGCUGGAGUCUCUUCAGAGAGUUUAGUACAUUGUGCUGUUCUGUAUUUAUUUUGUAUUCAGAAAUAAUGAAAAUAUUUUGGGCCAAGAAACUUAAUCCAGUGAAGUGUAAUGUGAUAUGAAAUGGAAGUGUACAUAGGAUGUAAGCAAAUAGUCAUUCUGUUCUUUCAUCAGCACCACCCCCACCCCUACAACUAGUGUUGUGUGCGCCUUCAAAAGGCAAUCAUUCCUUACUUGGAGAUCUGCCUUGCCAUCUCCAGCCUACACAAGGUCCUCAGGAGAACUAACUGUUGCAUUUACUUAAUCUGUUUCAAAGUAAAUUAAUUAUCAAAAUACAUACAGGUCACCAUAUACAACCCUGAAAUUCAUUUUCUUGCAGGUAUACAAAGUCUUGACAAAUAACUAAUGUGCAAAUACAAAAAUUACUUAAUAAAUAAUACUGAGAGCAUGUUGUCGAGUCCCGAAAUGUGAGUUCAUAGGUUGUGGGAUCAGUUCAGUUUUGGGGUGAGUAAAGAUAUCC